AUGGCGACGCCGGCAUUGCCCCGCGCCCUCGCCGCCCUGCUCCUCCUCCUCCUCCUCGCUUCCACGGCGCGGUCCCAGGAGGAGGCACCGAGCCCCACCGCCGAGCCCCCCGCAUCCACGCCUCUCGCCGCCGACUCCCAGCUCGCGCACUCGCCAAUCUCCAACCCACCUACCGCCUCCGCCCCAUCCGCCGCAGCAGACGCGCCCUCACCGCCGCCGCCCGCUCCGCCCAAGACCUCCCCCGUGGCAGCCCCCUCCUCCGACUCGCCCGCCCCCGCGCACGCGCCGUCCCACUCCCACCUCGCGCCCGCCACCGACGAAUACAAGGGCGACGAGGACGGCGACGACAACAAGUCCCCCUCGCCGGCCCCGGCCGCCGACCAGAUCAAGGCGGCGAACGUCACCGCCGCCAGCAUCGGUAGCGGAGAGCCGGAGGAGGAGCAUCGGGAGAUGAACGGCGGCAGUAAGGCCGGCGUGGUGCUGGGCACCUUCGCCGCCGCCGCCGUCCUCGGGCUCGGCGUCUUCGUCUGGCGGAAGCGCCGCGCCAACGUCCGCCGCGCCAGGUACGCCGACUACGCCGCGCGCCUCGAGCUCGUCUGA